AUGUCGGGCUGCCUGGAGGGAUACAACGCCAUUUUGGAACUGCUACUCGCAGGUAUUGAUCAGAAUGACCUGCUCGCAAAGCUCAGAGAGGAAUCCAGUACACAAUCCAGUGAUUUGGCAGAGUUGAGGCCGAGGAUUUUUCACAGCACAUCGAAUCCUACACCGAUCAUCACUAUGCAGAACGGCAAGUUCUCUGCUGCCCCAGCUAUGGCUAUCAAGGGUGGGAAAGUUGCCGCGAUCGGGACUUACGAAGCAGCCAAAGAUGCCGCCGGCCCCCUGGCUGAGGAAAGAGACCUCCAAAGCCAGUGCAUCGUUCCGGGUUUCGUGGAGCCCCAUCUUCAUGUCAUUUUGUCAGCGAUGCUCAAGGGCUUCUUCAUGAAUUGCGAUCCGCUCAACCCGGAGAUCAACGGAAAAUUUGAAAGCACAAUCAUAUUCAUCCGGUCCAAAGCCAAGAAUGUGAAGCAAGGCGAGUGGUUAUUGGGAUACAACUACGAUCCUUCAAGAUUGCCUCCCAAUACCAGUACCGGCAAAUUCCAGGAUUUGACGCUUGAUAUCUUCGCAAGGGAGGACCUCAAUGAGCAUCCAAUCUUCAUUGUCAAUGCAUCUGGACAUCUGGCGUACGCCAAUCAGAAAGCAUUCGACGAAGCCGGCAUCGACAACACUACGCCGGACCCGGCUGGAGGUCAGUAUAUCAAGAAUAAAGGCAAUUUGACGGGGGUGCUGUUGGAGCCACCUUCAUAUGAAGCAUUUCUCACAAAAGCAUUGCCAGCCGACCUUAUGAAGGUUCCCACCAUCGUGGAUGGACUGCAUGAAGUCGUCAAAGAUUGGAGUGAGAAAGGUUUCACGACGGUUUUUGAUGCUGGUGUCGGACAAACUGGGCCAUUGGAUGUCUCAGUCCUCUACGCUUUAUCACUCGCGGCACCUCUUCGCAUAGCAGGUGCCGCGGCGAAUCUUACCAAAGGCGCUGCUUCUAACAUCGUUGGAAAUGGUAGCAUGCCUCCAGACGGUGCGACCGACUUGAAGAUCAAGACCAUCAAGCUCUGGAUGGAUGGCUCAACACAAGGCUUCACGGCAGCUCUUGAGACGCCGUAUAAUCGGAAAAUGUUGCCGAAUUAUUUCAGGAAAGAGCCAAACGGUUGGGCACGUUGGGCAGUAGGAUCGACUUGUCCCAUCAGCAACGCUGGAAGCGACGAUAUCACGGAAGAAAUGCUGGCAUGGGCUACCAAAGGCUAUCAGUUGAUGGUUCACGUGAAUGGAGACUGUGCAGCCGAAGUCGUCCUCGACGCAUUCGAACGGAUCAUGGCGGCUGUUCCUCCAAAACCUCCAAUCAUGCAUCGAUUGGAGCACUUCACCGUCACAACCCUUGAACAGGUCCAACGGGCUAAGAAGCUCAACCUGGGCGUCAGUCACACCAUAGGGCAUGUCAAAUACUGGGGUUAUACGUUCCGCAACUAUAUCCUUUCCUCAGACCUUGAGCCUGAUAGAGCGGAUCGCAUCGACCCUGUCAAAGAUGACUUAGAUAACGAGCUUGUUUAUUCCUUCAACAGUGACUCGCCAGUGAGUCAAGCUGACGCUCUGUCAUACGUCGGCACUGCGGCGACUCGGCUCAUGUAUAAUCAGGACGGCCAAGUCCUAGGACCAGAUCAAAUAGUGAACGUGGAAGCCGCUUUGGCAGGCGUCACGAUCAAUCCGGCGAAACAAGUCAUGCUAGACAGUGAGGUCGGCUCCCUCGAGAAGGGAAAGGAUGCCAAUUUCGUGAUCCUAGCCCAAGACAUCAGCUCACCUGCUGUCAAUGCCAAAGAUAUUGACAGCACAUGGGUCGAAGAAACUUGGUUCAAGGAUGUCAGGAGAUAUGCUCGGCCUAGCAAUGUGUGA